AGUUGUGGGCGCAGACGGAGCCGCGGGUACUGCCUCUUGACACGGAUUUGGUUCCAAGCUGCGUCCAAUUUGGACUCGCAACAUUCUUCAUUUCGAGGGGGAACACACGAAGCUUUUUGCAAUGAGGUGGACGCAUCCCAAGUGAGGAGUGAUAAACAUAUGACAUUCUGCCCAGCAUCCAGCCUCUUGGAUUUUAUUUUGUUUUCUUGUUUUUUUAUUUUCUCUGGCGGAUUUAUCACAGCUCGUAUUUCCCUCUAAAACAUUACCAAGGAUUUACCACUGAUGUAUGCGAUGUGGAGACUACAAGUCGCCUUAUGUACUCUGUCGGUGCUGUCCCUAUCAUUUGGCGGUGAGAGCAAAGCGCGGAGCUGCAGCGAGGUUAGACAAGCAUAUAACGCUAAAGGAUUCAGCCUUGUCAAUGUACCUCAUCAGGAAAUAUCAGGUGAACACCUGCGUGUCUGUCCUCAGGGUUACACCUGCUGCACAAUCGAGAUGGAGGAAAAACUCAGCCAGCAGAGCAAAGUGGAGUUUGAGAACUUGGUCGAGGAGACCAGCCACAAUAUAAGGACUACAUUUGUCUCGAGGCAUAAAAAGUUUGAUGAGUUUUUCUUGGAGCUGCUGGACAACUCCGAGAAGUCUCUCAACAGCAUGUUCACGCGGACGUACGGGAAGCUGUACAUGCAGAACUCAGAGGUGUUCCAGGACUUGUUCACUGAGCUAAAGCGCUACUACACAGGGGGCAAUGUCAACCUGGAGGAGAUGCUGAACGAUUUCUGGUCCAGGCUCCUGGAGCGCAUGUUCCAGCUACUCAACUCCCAGUACCACUUCACAGACGACUACCUGGAGUGCGUCAGUAAAUACACAGAUCAGCUAAAGCCCUUCGGAGAUGUGCCAAGGAAGCUGAAAGCCCAGGUCACCAGGGCCUUUAUAGCUGCACGAACAUUUGUCCAAGGGCUAAUGGUGGGUCGGGAGGUAGCCAACAGGGUCGCAAAGGUGAAUGUAGUUCCAGCUUGUAUCAGAGCCUUGACCAGGAUGCUGUACUGCCCAUAUUGCCGUGGCAUGCCCGGGCUGAAACCUUGCCACAACUACUGUCAUAAUGUUAUGAGGGGCUGUCUAGCCAACCAGGCAGACCUAGAUGCUGAAUGGAACGUCUUCAUUGAUGCUAUGUUACUGGUGGCAGACAGACUGGAGGGACCCUUCAACAUUGAAGCAGUUAUAGAGCCAAUAGAUGUCAAGAUCUCUGAGGCUAUCAUGACCAUGCAGGACAACAGCAUGCAAGUGUCAGCCAAGGUUUUUCAAGGGUGUGGUCAACCAAAGCCCUCAUCAAUGGGCAGGUCUGCACGUGGCAUUUCAGAUGUGUUCAAUGCUCGCUUUAGGCCCUACACCCCUGAGGAGAGGCCCACCACAGCAGCUGGGACCAGCCUGGAAAGACUGAGGGUUGUCUGGAGGACAAUGCAACACAGUGUGAUUGACAUCAAAGAGAAACUAAAGGAGUCAAAGAGGUUCUGGUCCAACCUACCAGAUGACAUCUGUGCUAAGGGCAAGCUGACAGAGUCUGACGAGGAGCAGUGCUGGAACAGCCACACCAAGGGCAGAUAUUUUCCUGAGGUGGUGAAGGACGGUCUAACCAACCAGGCAAACAACCCAGAGGUGGAUGUAGACAUCACCAGGCCUGACACACUGAUUCGACAGCAGAUCAUGGCCCUGCGUGUCAUGACCAACAAGCUGAAGAACGCCUACAACGGAAACGACAUCUACUUUCAGGACUCCAGUGAUGAAGGCAGCGCCUCUGGCAGUGGCAGCGGGUGCCCUGAUGGCUGCACCACAGAGUUUGUUUUUGUUGGAACUGAGGCUCCUGUGAUUGGAGCUGACAGGAGCGAUGAACGUGCAGCAGCAGCAGGCAAGUCGGCGUCCCCGCGACCCACCCGGCUGUUGGUGAUGGCUGCCCUCGCACUCCCACUCUGGGCUCUGCAGACACGAUGGAGAUAAUACCUGCAUGUGGCCUGACCAGCAACUUUUGUACUGUUAUUUACAGUUUCUUUAACAGCAAGUUCUAAUGCUGUUAAUGUUCCCUCACUGGACAUAUAGAAGAACCUCCUUGAAACCUAAUGAGAAUGGCUUUCUGUGUGGUAGGACUGGAAGUGCGUGCAGUGCUGCAUCCUGCUUGUCCCCCAAAGAAUGCUUGGUGCCAUCACUGAAGCAGCUUUCACAUCGAAUAUGGUGUUUUCCCAUGCUUCUAGAAUGGGUUUGGAACAACAUGCCCUCUUUUAGAAAGUGGAAACCAUCUUAAAAUGUAUUACACUGAUGAUUUUUCCAAAUAAAUGGGAAUCUAUUUUGUCUUUUCCGUUGUAUGGCAAAAUUGUGAAGAAGAGGUAACACCCGUUUUAUCUCAUGAGACCCCAACACAGGAAAAAAAAGAUAAAGUUUUAAUGUUGCGCAUGCAUGGCAAUGUUGUAAUUGACAAGAUAUUUUUUUAGUGUUUUU